UGUUAGCACUUCAUGAUGGAUUGUAUGAAUUAGUCAACUGUUAUGAAAAACAAAGAAAAGAGGCACCGCCUAAUUACCAUGUAUAUUAUUUAUAUGGAUAAACCAUGAAGCCCCWAACAUGUUUCUAUAAAUAAGCUUGCAGGGAUUGGGGCUAGAUGAACAACAUAACUUCAGCUCCAUAAGAAACUUUGUCCUCCUUGUUCAAAAAACUAUUAUUCUUAGCAAGRAAAAUGGCUAGUCAAGUAGAGGUAGGACCAUGGGGCGGUGACGGUGGAGUUAAUCCUUGGACAUUCAAACCGGAUGGUAGGAUUGUCGGUUUUCGCAUUGCUAGUGGGUACGUCAUAGAUUCCAUCAGGUUCACUUAUGAGGAUAACAGUCAGGUCUCACACCAUUCUGAAACAUAUGGUGGUGAUGGUGGAGACCUCAAUCGACCUGUGAAGUUUGAUGAUGAUGAGGACCUUAUCCGGGUUAGCGGAACAAUUGGACAAUUUUACAGUAUUACGGUGAUUACGUCCUUGUCUUUUCAUACCAACAAAGGGAAGACCUAUGGGCCAUAUGGCAGAAGUGAUGGGACUAGUUUCUCUCUGCCUGUGACUAAGGGUAAGUUUAUCGGAUUCUUUGGAAAUUAUGGGGAUGUCCUCGACUCUAUUGGUGUCAUUCUGCAACCCUAAAACCGAUGCUGGCCAACGUUAUGUAUGACGGCAUAAAUAUAUAUGUUGUUGGAAGUCGUAUGCUUAUCUGAAUAAAGUAGGUUGAGAGAAACCUAUAUAAAGUAGUUGUUAUUUCUUUCUCCUACAGAAGCAACUCAUGUGUGUUUUUCGUUUUUAAUGUCAUGUCGUUUGUGCUCCUAUUUCAGAAUUAUACUUAUACUUCAAUA